AUGCGUCACUCGCUCUUUCCAUGUUUUCUCAGCCUAGCCACGCUGACGGCUGGUGCAGCGCUGUCGCCACGAGAAAAGGACGUUUCCCUGAAUAAUCAGUGGAAGAACCAUGACGAGAUUGCAGCUUUCCAACAGCAAACGGCGGAUGGCACCCCGGGCGACAUCGAACUUCGUUUCAAGCCUUGGCUGAACGACGGUAGCGGAUGUUUCCCCUAUGCAGCUGUCGAUAAGGAUGGCUUCCAUGGGCGUGGCCUCAAGUCUACGGGCAAAAGUGGAGGUGAUUGUCGAGACUCAGCAAAGGGUCAAAUCUACUCCCGAGUUGGAACCUCUAAUGGGCGCCCGGCCGUUCUGUACUCAUGGUAUCUUCCCAAGAUCCAGACCAAGACCGAAAACCACAGGCACUGGUACCUCACUGCUGUAGUCUGGCUACACACUGAGACAUGCAACGCCGCUGCUGGCAACUACGACAUUGCGGGCAUCAGCUAUUCCACUGGCACGGAGACAUACGACAAAGGCCUUACAUCGUCGACUAUCUUUGCCUCUGGAGACAGCGGAACGGGCGCUACCAACACGCACGCUAUCGUGGGCUACGACGGCCAGGUCAACGUCUUCCCUUCAGCAAACAAUGCUCAGUACGGACUGAGCCCGCCGCUGAUUAGUUGGAAUAAGCUGUCGCCGGCAGCCACGUCACAGUUCAAUGACUUUCGCUACGAACAUGCCCGCUGCCCGUUCACCGAUGCCAACAUCCAAGCCUCUCUUGACGCGGCUUACAACGCGGACUUUUACGUCAAUAUUGCGGCCGAGCCUGACUCGAGUUGCGGCAUCAUUGCGACUCCCACUACACCUUCAACACCAGAGGCUUCUUCCACGGGUGUAUCAAGUGACCCAAACACUGACCCUGUGGAAGACGGACCGGACAUUCCGAUCUAUUCCUUCCCCGCAGAUCCUACUUACACACCCACCCCUGACAAGAGGCUGUAA